AUGCCGCAGUUGAGGUCAGGGAAGGUGGUGAGACCCGGCGAGGUGGAGCUGGUUGACCCCGAGGUCAGCAGCCCCGGCUCUCCGCAGGCAGGGCGUGAGCCAGAGGGAAAGCUGGUGGUCAAGCGGGGUCGUCGCCUGGCACCAAAGAGAAAGCCUGAGCAGCCCUUACCUUUCUUUCCACAACCUGUCACGCUCUCUCCCACUUCCUUUAAGUGUUUUGCUUUUCCUGUGGCCAUGCAGAAGGAGCAAGGUGAGAACAGACAGAAAUUCCCAGGUAGAAAAACCAAGGGAAACCAGCACAGGAAGUCUCCCCGAAGAAGCAAGGGUGUAGCUUCACUAAUUUCAGACACAGAUGAGUGCGAAGAUUGGCAAGCAGCAGCCACGGCUGCAGCAAUGUGCUGGGAAGAGACUCUGAGAGGGACAGGUCAAAGCCAACAGCUGUUUUUUUCAGGAACUACUUUGCAGAAAAAGUUCUCAGCAGGGAUUGAAAGGAAUGAACAUUGCUCAGAAGACCUGAACUUCUCAGGUUUCCACAAGGGUUCAGGGAGCUCAGGAACAGAAGGCAAACAUUCCUGUAUGGAAGUAAAAUUGCAAGUCCCAAACUUGAAGAGGGGAAUUGAGAGCACAGAGAGACAUGGAAUAUCCUGUUUUCCAGAACCAGAAGUUCUUCAACCCAAAAAUGUCACGUGGAGUACUAAAGUGCAAUGUACUGACUGUACAAUGACGCAGAAUAUGCAAAUCCCAGAUUUUAGGAAGAAUUUGGGUGCUCAGGAAGUUGUCCCUGAACUAAAACCUCAGGAAGAGGUUUUUAUACUAGAGAAGUUGAAUGGGUGUCCAUUAGUUGGAUCAAGAACACUAGGGACGCAGGAAAAAGAAGGGAGAUGCUUGGGCAAGAAAGGCAGGAGAUCAGUGAGGAAACCAAAAGUACAUGGUCCCAAGGAGAGGGGUAGUUCUGCCUUGCUAAAACAGCAUACCCAGUGUCCAGAGUCCAGAAAAGGAGCUCUGAGUAAGAGGAACAGAAAUGCCUUGCUGUCACAGCAGCUGCAGGAUCUGAGUGGACAAGAACAACCAACCACCAGAAGAAGAAAGACUCAGAAGCAUUGCAUGAAAGAAGAGCAGCAGAGCUCAAGCCCUCAGAAACGACCAGACAGCCCAGGGGAAAGUGCAGAGGAGCAGUGGAAAGCAAUUGAGCAAGACUCUGGUAAUUCACAGGCUGUAAAGAAGGUUAAGACAAAGCAAAACAGGGUAGAAGAUUCUAAGGAAAAGGAAUCUCACUAUUCUAAACCUUCUACAGUUUCUGCUACAGAUGACACUGAAAGCAAGAGCUUUCUAUGCCAUGCUGUAACAGAAGAGCCUGGUGUGCAGCGUAGAAAAAGGCAACACAGAUCUGGUAAAAUCAAGCGCUUGCAAAGUUCAAGUGUGACUGCAGCUGAAGAAGUGAUGAAUGUGUCUGCAAAAUGUGGUGCUGAACGUGGCACUAAUGCCCUAAACCAUUGCAGUGGCUUGUUCUGUGCAGCUGGAAAGAAUCCAUUGGUGGUGUUACAGGACUGUUGUUACAUCAACACGUUAGUGAAGCCUUCAGCUAGUGGAACUACCAACAGUUAUAAAUUAAAUGGAUUCUUCCAUGUAGCCCAUGGUACUGGAGAGCUGAGUGAUAGAAUUUGCAGCACUAGUAGAAUGCAGAAUGAGAGAUCACUCAUAAAAGGUGGUUUUUCACCUAAUAAAGAAAAGAAUGAAAAUGAAGAAGGUUGUGUUUCAGGCUGCCUGAGUGAAAGCAGCAAGUGUUUAAGGGGAAAAAAGUGGAAUAUUGGUAGAAAGCCUAGAAAAAAGAUGAAAAUCACUGAGAAAUCUGCAGACAUGGCUAGUAAAUGCAAGAAGUGUGAGUUACAAACAGAAGCAGCAGUUACCAUGUCAAGCUCAUUUUCAGUUUCAGGACUAAAUCAUACUUUCUCAGCUUCGUGUGGUCAUACAUCAGAUUUUGAUACAGAAAAAAAUACUCAGGAAGUAAAAACUGUAUCAGCCUGGAGAAAGAAUAGUACCAAAUUACUUGAAUUUGAAACUGGCUUUAAGAUGACACCUGAGCUCUCUGCAAUAGUAAAAGGAGAAAAUUCAAGCAAUGUGGCACGUUAUGCAGCUGCCUCAGAUUGCCGUGGAGCACUAGCUCAGAUCCAUGAUGUUUCUGAUCACCACAAAAGCAAGGCAGGAAGAAAUUUGAACAAAGUUACUAAGAAAUUGCAGCAGUUUACCUGUCAAAGAACAAUACCCAUGACUGGUAAAAAAGUUUGGCCUGUUGAAUCUUGUGCAAGGACUUCUGAAUGGUUUCUUAAAAGUCAUAGGUUCGUCUCAGAAGGAAAAAGACUUUUAAAGGCUGCUUUUGAGGAUUCCUCUGAUAAAAGCAGUGUUAAAGCUGUGGAACGUAGUGCAGAGAUUGUGAAUGUGAGACAGCUGGAUUUGCAUACAUCAUUGGCAGAAAUUACAAAAGAAAUUACACAUAAAAAGAUUGAUCCAAAUAUUGACUGUCAGGCUUCACAUGAAACAAUGGAAUCCUCUUCUGUGGAUAUUUAUGAGACUUUGACAAUGAACAGUGAAAAUGGGGAAUCACCAGUCAAUACAGAUAAAAAUGCCGUGGCUUUUAAACGUGAUAAUGUGCAAGAAGUUAGAGCAACCUUGAAUUUUGCAGCAGAACAAGAAGAUGAAGAUGAAGGAGAUAUAACAGAAGGAAAUGUGUCUGUGACAGUCCAGAACGGUACAAUAAAACAAGAAGAUAAAGAUGAAGGAGUUGUGAGAAAUAGAGACCUGUCUGUGACAGUCCAAAAUGGCACAACAAAACAAAAGGAUAAAAAUGAAGGAGAGGUGACAAACAGAAAGCUGCCUGCAACAGUCCAGAAUGGUACAACAAAACAAAAGGGAAAAAAUGAAGGAGAGGAUGAAAAUGAAGGAGAUGUGACAAACAGAAACCUGACUCUGACAGUCCAGAAUGGUAUAACAAAACAAAAGGGAAAAAAUGAAGGAGAUGUGACAAACAGAAAGCUGCCUGUGACAGUCCAAACUGGUACAACAAAACAAAAGGAUGAAAAUGAAGGAGAUGUGACAAACAGAAACCUCUCUCUGACAGUCCAGAAUGGUACUUCUGCAAGUAACACAAACAGUAUAAACUUCAGCCCUAAAGGAUCAGUAGUGAAGCAGAUAUUUUCUGAUUUAAACCUAAUUAAACCAUUAACCUCUGGAAACCUGACAAAAUUCAAAAUUCCUUUAUGCAGAAACAAACCUAAAUCCAAGAAACAGGAAUCUGUCCAUUCAUUUGAAAGCAAAACUUGUAGUCCACUAGAGCUUCUUGGAAGCACUAGUCCAGGAAGGCAGAAGACAGGUGAAGAGACUUUCUUGGUAAAAUAUGAGCAGGGUCCUCUUCCUGUCAUGAGUGAUGCUGCAUCUCCAGCUUCCAUACAGAAGAAAGCAGAUGAGAUUGAUAGUAAGGACUUCCAGCACAAUGGUUCUGUAAACCUCUCUGAUGAGAUGUCUGUGCUCCCUGAAAGUUUCUCCACAUAUCCACAUCCUCUUCUUGAUGGGCAGCCAGAGCCAUCUGUGCCUGAUUUCAGUGGUUCUGAGUGUGUGCUGAAAUCUAGUUUUCCUGAUCAUUCUUGGAAUGCAGUCGACCCCCUUGUUGGAUUAGCAAUAAAUGGUGAUAGAAAAUCAAGAGGGAAUUUUUCACAAAAAGUCAAAAGUCAGAAUUUACCAGAUGUCCUUGAAGCUUACAACCAAGAUGUUCUUGUCAUUGAUGUGAUUCAGGAUGACCCAGACCUUUUUGGAACCAGUAAUAAAGAGGAGCUUGCACCUGCACACUGUGAAAAUUGUCCAGUGAGAGCAUCCUGCAUUAAAGACACAAAGGUGUAUAUUAAACCUGAGUCUCCUGUUCCAUCAGAAAAUAAAUAUUCAGUAGAAAGUAGUUUCAGAUGUAUGGAAGAAUCUGGAAAGUCAAGUGAUACUGAAAACUCCUGUAAUUUGAUGUUAAAAGCUGAAGAUGUGAAGACCCACAACUCCUCCAGAGGAAGCAGUCCUUCAGGAGAUGUUAGUGAGGACUUUCUUGAAGAUAGGCAACAGAGCAAACUAGAUGAACUUUUGACAAGUUUGGAUGUGGAUGAAAAGUUACAGCUUGCAGAUGGAGUGCCUGAUGUUGAAGAAGAAAAUAAGAGUGAAGCUGGAAAAAGUGACUGUAAAUACAAAGUGAACUGUGAAUUGCUAUCAGGAUUGCCAUUGAAUGACCAAAAAGUAAAUAUCUUCAGUGGAACUACAGAGAUGAAAUCCUGGACAAAUGGUUACAAAUCUUCAGGAAGAAGUACUUCACUGCCAUUGAAGAAUUGUGGAGAUUUUGAGCCAUGGAAGAUGGAGAAAAAUGCAAGUGCUUCUCAUUCAGUCCAGCAGAUCCUUGAUGCACUUAACUUGCCUCGUAAAUACUGCAGAUACUAUUUCAUGACUUCACGUGGGUGUGAAAGAACAAAAUGUUGGUUCUGUCAUGUUCCAGGACAAGGGGAUGAAAAGAUUUGCAUGGCAAUUCUUAGGACAUACAUUAGUAUUAAAGAAUCAAGCCUCCUAAAACGUGCAGUCCAGAUAUUCGUGCAGUAUUACAAAGAAGUUACUCCUGGUAUAGAUUUUGCUUCUGAAGUGCUGAAUGAUCUUCUUCUUUCAUUGCUCAACAACUGUUUGUUGCCGGAAGUAUUUCAGAUAUUGAAUGUAAUUGUACAAAUCAAGACACUGCCAGCUAUAGAAGUUCUUCUGAAAGUUUUUGAGCACGUGGCUUCUUUGAAUAUAAGAAAUGCUGUGCCUACAUUAAUCAGUACCUUCUGUAAGCUCAUCGAUGCUGGUAUGUUCCUUGAGUUAGAACAUUUUGACUACAUUAUUAAGUUACUUCGCCAGUUGCAAGUUUCUAGUUGGGAAAUGAGUACUGUCUUGAACAUAAAGUCCAGAAUUAAGGAAAGAUAUUUUGAAAAGACAUGGAUUUUUGACUUCAACUUAGCAGUGGCUGAAAUUCAGCACUGCAAGGAAAAAAGGGAUUGGACCAAGCUGGGAGCUUUGUAUCUUAAUGCAAGAACUGGAUGUGAACAUUUUGUGGAUCUUCAGAAAUUGUUUUUAUCUAUUGCUGAAAUUCUAACCAAGGAUUCUGAGGCAGACAGACCAGGAGUCCCUUUUUGUGAUUUUGCUGAUAUAGUAAUGAAAAAUUCCCAGCAUAAUAAAGCAGACAGACUUUUCAUUGGAAGGACUGGGAUAAGCGUAAUGUAUUCGUAUCACAAAGUACUGCAGUGGAUAAAGGGAAGGAAGGUUUUGGAUAAACUGCAUGAGCUACAGAUAGAUUUUACACUCUUGAAAGGACUUGUAGGUGCAGGGAAGUCAGCAUCCAGAUGUCAGAUUGUUAAUAAAGCCACAGAAAUCUUUCUUUAUUCUGGACAUUUGGAUGGAGCAAUAAGGGUAUUGAGAGAGUCAGAGUGGAUCACAGAUGCACCGUUGUGGCCCUGUGAUAAAAUGGACAUCCUCAAUCGACAUAAUCUGUUAUGUGCAAUAGUGCACAAAUACUUGAGGAAGAGUUUGUACAGGCAGGCAUUUGAAGUUCUGCAGAACUUACCGGGUUUGCAGAAACAUUCUGAUAUUAUAGAUGCUUCUCAAUAUAGCUGCCUUUUUAACAAGCUGAUAAAUGCCUGUUUUGAGAACAAGAACCUUGGUGUCUCAUCUUCUGCAGUAGACUUCAUGCUUUCCAAAAAAAUUGCUAUUGAUUUUGUUUUACUUAGAGGAUUAAUCACAGCUUUGGGAAGAAGUUCUUUAUGGUCCAAAGCUAGGACCUAUUACAAAAAUGCUUUAUCACUGGGUUGCUACCCAGAGCUGCAGGGAAAUUUAUAUCACAAACUUCUGAAGGUUCCCUCUUACCUGUCUGAAGUUGAGAUGCUGUUGGCCAUUGAAAUAUUUCUUGUUUCAAAUGCCAGUGAUAUUCAAAGUUCAAGGACUACUAGCCAGACUCUUCAAAUAAUACUGAAAAGAUCUGAAGAAACAGUUCAGAAUAACAGUGCCUAUCACGAGGCAGUGGAGAGGCUGAUCCAGGCAGCUCAUUUAUCUGAUCCAAAGCUUUUUCUUAAGCAUUUGACAGUGAAUGUUAAUAUGGAAGAAGUUUAUAGACUGGAGCAUUCAUCUGCUCUGAAAUGGCUGCAGGAGAAUAUGAAAUGGGCUGAGAAGGUCUGGCUGUCCCAGUAGUUACUAAACAGUU